AUGCGAGAAAUGCAAUUUGUACUCGCCGCAGACAUCCUCCGCAUUGUAUCUGUGGUGCACAAAAUGCGAAAAAAUCGUCAAUGUAACAAUGAAACACAUCCAUGGAUGCCAGCGAGUGACAUUAUCUAUGAACUCAAAGGAAGGAUCGCUUAUACGAGUGCGGAAAUGGCCAAGUCUGUGGGUAAAAUGAAAAUAACUGGUAAAGAUGCGAUGCGAUCAAUUCACGGACUUAUUCAAAUUCUAACGGAACUGAAGAAACAAUGUGAGGGUGUAAGUGAAGUUGUCAAAGUGUUAUCUGAUGCUUUAAUUGAACGGCAAAAUAAUGCUGAUAUACGUCGUACGGAAACGGAUGAACAUCUGCCGUUUACAUCGAUUCUGAUAAGGAAACUGCGAGCAGAAAUCGAAGAUAAUAAAAACUUAGCCCAAGAAUCAUCUGCUAUAGCUCUGUUAUUCGACAAUCUUAUCAAACAAUCGGACGAUAUUUGCAAGGAUGCUCGCAAUUUGAUGAAUUCAUUUUUGCUGGAAAAGAAACUUCGAAUUGAAGGAAAGGAUGAUGCCAACAUAGAACUUGAAGAUGACACUACUAGUCACAAGUCAAACGUAAAUGCGUUUGGUGAUAAUAUGCUUGACGACGAUGAAUGCGAUAUUACAGUUCGUGAAGUCAAACGAGAUGAGCGCGCGGAGGAUUCUGGAAGAACGGGUAUACUAGAUGAAACAGUCACAAUGCCAUCCACGGACACUGUUAUAAAGAAAACGGUUAGCACUGAUGAAAUGUAA